AUGAGCAGCCGUCCACCCUCCCCGCCGGGGACUGGUCCUGUGGACCUCUCCAUGCCUCGUCCGAGUCGUCGGCGAGACUCGUUGCGCAGCAGCGUGAGUGUGGUGUCUGACGUAGAGAUGGCCCGGAACGAGGUUUUCGAUGGACCCAUCUCCGAAAGUAUUCCGUCGAGCGUGGUCUCGUUUCUCCAUCGUCGCAAACGAGCCGACUCCAAUGUGAGCUUCACAUACUUCCAAGACGAGGAGGAUUUUGCGGAAUGGUCGAACGAGGAUGCCUUGGAAGUGGAAAGCGACGGCGAGGAGCAGUCACUGGAAGGUCUGAACGGUGCCGAUCUGGAGUCUCACCGCAGUUCAUUUGCCUCGAAGAGACUCUCGCGUGAGUCGGUGGAACGUCCCUUGCUGUCGCGGUUCCUCUCUGCAAGCUCAUAUGGCCGUGACCGACGGACCGGUGGCCGUUUGAACCAGAAGGUUUAUAUCGCCUCAGAGGACCUUACAGCUGUGUUCGCUGGGUUCUCGACCAGUGCGACCGGAUACGCGAUCUAUUUGAUUCUAUGUCUCAUCACGGGAGGACUGGGAUACUUGGUGUUUCGGUGGCUUCCGCGCUGGCGGGUCAAGCUGGUUGGGAAGCCGACACCGCUGGGGAAAUGUCAAUGGGUUGCAAUUGAGGAUCAAUGGAAUCAAUUCAUGGUUCAACGAAUUGACAAGCAAGAAUAUGGGCGUCCUUUGUCGACCGUCUUCGUCGAUUCAUCCGGACGUGUCUUUGACGAAGAUACGGACCCGAACAUGGAAUACCUCCGUUUCUUAGAUUACAGGCACAUGCGUUUCUGCUACCACCCGACGGAGGAUAAGUUCGAUCUGAUCAGCGGCUGGAAAGACCCAUCGUGGACUAAUGCAAAGGUCAUGCGGGCUGGUCUGGAUGCCGAGGAUCGAGACAGCAGGGAGCAAAUUUUCGGUCAAAAUGUCAUUGAUAUCCAGCAAAAGACGGUGCCUCAGCUCUUGGUCGACGAGGCUUUCCAUCCCUUCUAUAUGUUCCAGGUGGCCAGUCUUGUCCUUUGGUCCAUGGAUGAGUAUUACUAUUACGCCGUUUGCAUCUUUCUCAUUUCGGUCUUCAGCAUUGGAACGACAGUUUUGGAGACAAGAUCCACCAUGCGUCGCCUGCGCGAAAUUUCUCUGUUCGACUGCGACGUACGUGUUCUGAGGAACGGCUUCUGGCGAUCGGUCUCUUCCCAAGAUCUGGUACCCGGAGACGUUUUUGAAUUCUCUGAUCCCUCCUUGAACCAAGUGCCAUGUGAUUGUAUUCUCCUGUCUGGUGACUGUAUUGUAAAUGAAAGCAUGCUCACAGGCGAAUCUGUUCCCGUAUCAAAGACCCCCCUGACCGACGAGGCCUUGGCGUAUCUCGAUCUCAGUGCGCCCUCUAUUCAUCCCGAUGUCGCAAAGCAUUUCCUCUUUAGUGGCACCAAAGUUAUUCGGGCUCGACGGCCCCAAAACGCGGACGACGACGAGGCUGUGGCUUUGGCAAUCGUCAUGAGAACCGGAUUCUUGACCACCAAGGGUGCCCUUGUUCGCUCGAUGCUUUUCCCCAAACCUUCAGGCUUCAAAUUCUAUCGGGAUUCAUUCAGAUACAUUGCUGUGAUGGGAAUGGUUGCCCUUCUGGGAUUCAUUGCAUCCUUCAUCAAUUUUGUCCGACUUGGCCUUGCUUGGCACCUGAUCAUCGUUCGUGCACUCGACUUGAUCACCAUUGUCGUCCCACCCGCCCUCCCCGCAACACUCACCAUUGGUACCAAUUUUGCACUGUCUCGGCUGAAGAAGCAAUCGAUUUUCUGCAUCAGCCCGCAGAAGGUCAAUGUCGGUGGGAAAUUGGAUGUGGUCUGCUUUGACAAGACCGGUACGCUUACGGAAGAUGGACUGGACGUUCUGGGCGCGCGAACGGUUGGCGAGAACCAAAGAUUUUCCGAACUGUUGUCUGAGACGUCAGCGGGAGUGUUGCUACCUCCACCAAACCGGGACUCGCCCUUCGACCUCGAGAAGCAGCGCAAGAUCGUAUACACCAUGGCGACCUGUCAUUCUCUGCGUGUCGUGGAUGGCGAAUUGCUUGGUGAUCCGCUUGACGUGAAGAUGUUUCAAUUCACGGGAUGGACAUACGAGGAAGGCGCAGGCCACGCGUCUGAUCAGGCGGGCGCUAAAUUUGACAACAUCACUCCAUCGGUUGCAAAGCCACCGGUCACCCACGGAGGGGAUCUUCAACCGAAUGGACCCAGCAUUGCCGUCGAGCUCGGAGUCCUUCGUAGCUUUGAAUUUGUUUCCCAACUCCGCCGCGCGAGCGUGGUUGUCAGACAGUUCGGAGACAAUGGAGUCCACAUUUUUGUGAAGGGUGCUCCUGAAAGUAUCAGGGAUAUCUGUCGCCCCGAGUCCCUGCCCGCUGAUUACGAAGAGCUGUUGAGUCACUACACCCACAAGGGCUACCGUGUCAUUGCCUGUGCCACCAGAUAUGAGCGCAAACUCAGCUGGAUGAAAGUGCAAAAGUUGACACGUACUGAAGCCGAGAGCAAUUUAGAAUUCGCAGGAUUCAUCAUCUUUGAGAACAAGCUGAAGAGCACCACGACCGAAGUGAUUGCUGAAUUGAACCAGGCUAACAUUCGGAAUGUCAUGUGCACUGGAGAUAACAUUUUGACUGCCAUUAGCGUUGCUCGAGAGUGCAAAAUGAUCGGGGCCGACGAGCAAUGUUUCAUCCCGCACUUGAUUGACGGUCAGCAUGCACUCGAUGACUGUGUAGAGAGUACGACGAUGCUGACGAUCAUUGAUAUAGAACCUGGACUUGAAACCAAGACCUCGAUCAUCUGGGAAAGCGUGGACGACCCUGAUCUCCGACUGGAUCCACGAACUCUUCUGCCCGCACGAGACUCUGAGACCGACGUUUCUAUUCCUGGAAACUCCCUAGUCAAUCAAAAGUAUUGCGUUGCCGUUACGGGUGACGUGUUCCGAUGGAUGGUGGACUAUGGCAACGAGGACGUCCUCAACCGGAUGCUUGUGAUUGGUAAAGUCUUUGCGCGAAUGUCACCGGAUGAAAAGCACGAACUGGUCGAGAAGCUUCAGUCGAUUGAUUACUGCUGCGGUUUCUGCGGAGAUGGUGCAAAUGAUUGCGGCGCUUUGAAGGCUGCCGACGUCGGUAUCUCCCUGUCGGACGCCGAAGCGUCUGUGGCUGCCCCCUUCACAAGCCGACAAUUUGACAUUUCUUGUGUGCCCAAAUUGAUUCGUGAGGGACGUGCAGCUUUGGUGACUAGUUUCUGCUGCUUCAAGUUCAUGAGUCUUUACUCGGCAAUUCAAUUCUCCACCGUCAGCUUCUUAUAUACAUCGGGCUCCAAUCUUGGUGAUUUCCAGUUUCUGUUUAUUGAUCUUGCCUUGAUCAUGCCGAUCGCCAUUUUCAUGGGAUGGACGGGUCCAUAUCCCAUUCUUUCUCGCAAACGGCCCACGGCAGAUCUCGUCUCACGUAAAGUAUUGACCCCCCUUUUGGGGCAGAUCAUCAUGGUGGUUCUGGGGCAGUUGGCCAUCUUUAAGACGGUUCAGAUGCAGCCAUGGUAUCUGCCUCCUCAGCUCGAUGUCGAUAAAAGCAAUAUUGAAAACUCAGAGAACUCGGCCUUGUUCCUGUUCUCGUGUUUCCAGUACAUUCUCACAAGCGUUGUCCUCAGCGUUGGCCCGCCCUUCCGACAGCCUCUGACAAAGAAUGUUCCAUAUCUUUGUACAAUCCUUAUCGCGCUUGCAGUUGCGGCUUACAUGCUCUUCCGGCCCUCGGAAUGGGUCCAGGACGUGAUGCAACUGACUUUCCUGUCUGACGGCUUCCGCGGCUGGCUUGUGGCGUUGGCACUGGGCCUGUUCGCAGUUGCGUGGAUGUCCGAGUCAACUCUCUUCCCCCGGUUGGCUCGGAUGAUCGGUCACCUUCGAGCUCGUCUCCAGCCCACUUACCGCAAGAAGCGCCGCCAGUACAAGGUCCUCCUGGAGCAGAUGCGGGCGUAA